AUGUCACAGCCGGUUCGCUUUCGCAUUGAGCCAACAACUGUGGGAGAUGGCCGCUUGCUGCGGUUUCUCACUGAGCAACACCCCCCGCAGCCUUCCUGGGAGGCCCCUCCUAUGAGGCCCCUCCCGGAGCAGCAGCAGCAUUUACAGCAACUGAAGCACAGCCCAGCUGCUCGCGAAGUUUCUGAAGGUACGGCUGGCUCUGUCGGGACAGGUUGUGUCGCUGCACCGGCUGCCUCAGGGGUUACUACAAAAAGUACUUCCGCGGCAGUGGUGAAGGCAACAACAGGAGCGGCUUCCGAAUCUGGCAGUAACGAGGAGAGGAACAAUUUGCGAGAAUGGCUGGCGCAAUCCGCAGCUGAAGACCUCGUCGCCCCCCCGCUUGACUUGCUGCAGAAGAGCGGUGCAUUCCUUAUGUCGGUUGACGAGCAGCAGCAACAGCAACAGCAGGAGCAAAGCCUUUUGCUGCGGAACGAGGCGGUAUGGGCCGAAGCCAUUCAAAAGAGAGACAGAGCAGCGCAGCGUCUCGCUGCAGGUGGGAUGGCAAUCGAUAUGCUCCUAGGUUCUAUAAAUGCAGCACCAGGAGAGCGCUUUCUCACGCUGCUGCCUGCUGUAGAUCAACCUCAGCAACCGGAUCAGCAGGAGCGGCAGGAGCAGGAGCAGCAGCAACAGCUUCUCAUAGGACUGCAGCAGCGCUACGAGCGAGCCGCCAAGCUCCACGUCGCGAUUGCUGAUUGCAGAGGCAGCUUUACGGGCCGCCAGGGAGCAUGUGCGUCUGAGCAGUGGCUGCUGCUCCUCCAAUUGUUGCAGCAGCAGCAGUGGGAGACAGUUAAGAAGCAAUACCAGCCUUUAGAGUUCGAGUUGGGCGACGGCAACUACCCGUACCGGGCCGAGGUGUACAUACACCUGAUUCAUGUCGCAUCCACCUGCUGGGGUGGCAACGCCGACCUAAGAUCACGCUUGCCGCUUCCCCCCCCGCCUCCCUUUCAGGAGCAUUUUGCGCUGCUGUCCGCUACAGAGCCUCUGGAUGAGAAGCUCCGGAACCAUAAAGACCAGGCAGAGCAGCUGCACUUGCAACUUGAGUUUCCUUCACCGAUAGGUCCUCUCGUUGAGUCCAAGUCUCUUUUACAUUGCAGUGUCUCGCUGCUUCUGCCGUUGCCGGAUACAGAGGUGCGCAGCGUGCAACAGCAGAAUGGCUGUUGCUGCUGCUGCGCCCUCAAGGGAAGUCAUGCUGCAGCUGGGUGCGGAGCACCUACUUUGGCAAGGCGGGAGGCUCAGGCUGCAGCUGCCGAUGCGGGAGCUUCGCCUUCGCUUUCACCGCAUGGAUCCACCUGUUUGCCCCCGCUUCCUGAGUUGCGGCCCCUUCUGCGAGCAGAUGGCGCCAGCAGCAGCGGCGAGAGCGCUGUAAUUGACGCAGCGGCAGAAGUCUAUCAGCACCUAGAGGCAGCGCAGUGGGUGCUGGCAGAUCUGGCAGCUGCGCAUGUUCUCAUCUCGCAGCUGCUGCUGCAGGAAGGAGGCGUUGCACUUGCCUGUCGGCACCGCGCCAGCAGAGAAAACAGCAGCAGCUGGUGCGGGAUUCAAUGCGCGAGUCAGUGCCUCUCCGUUGAGGCACUUCAAAUUGCCGGUGAUCGCGUCGACCUCCUCAUACGGAAUGUUCCUGUGUAUCGGAAAGGGGGCCUGGCACCCGAGUGCGACCACACACAUGAUCUUGCGCUGUCUCUUGCUUAUGUUGCCUCUGGCCCCCCUAGCAGCGACGCCACCAACUCUACCACCUGCAGCAGCAACUCUCUGUGCAACCGUUGCUGCAGCUUCAGCGGCCUAUUGCUGCGGCAGUUCGAGCGCGUUGUUGUGCUUUCGCUACGGCAGCUAUUCCUUGACGCGUGGGCAGCAGAGGCAUUUGAUGCACCCGCUGCAGCCGCUGACUCUAAUCUGAUUUCGCCGCCGGUGCUGUUGCUGCAGCAGCAAUUAAGACACAAAUUUCGGCUGCCUUCACCUCAGCAGUGCGAGCAGCAGAAGCAGCACCUGCCGGCGCUUAAAGGCAUGCACUUGCUGCGCAAUUUCCUCAAUUGGCUAUUGACAGCCGUAGACCAACUGAUGCUGCCCCCCACACGGCCGCAGGCAUUCUUAGAAAAGAGCACCUCCUCUUGCAAGCCACAAGAUGGCUGGAACAUAGCAAGCCGAAAAAUCGCGAAGUGCGGCACAAAAACAACAGCAGAACACCCAUCAGAGAGAAUCGCAGAAAGCUUGGACGGCAAAACAAUUCUACUAGAGCCGGGGAGCGACUGGCUCCCCUGUCACUGCGCAGGCGGAAGGCCAGCUGUUGUUACUGCUGCUGUUGUUGCUGGCCUACGUUCGCUGAUUCUGAGUAUUGCUGCCAUUGUUCCGAACCAAUGUGGUCUGCAGCUGAAAUGCUGCUCAACUCGUCGUGCUGCUCCUUCUCCAAUUGCUUCUUUUGAUGGCUGCUACGUUGCUGAGUCUGUUGAACCUUGUGGGUGGCGUCCUGCUCUACUUUCCGCUGCUUCUGGACGAUUAGCCGUCAAAGCCAUCACAGAAGCUUGUGCUGCUUCUUUUGCUCUAGCAGCCACUGCACCGGAAGCAACAAUGGCGGCCGUAGGAGAUUCACCGUGCAGAAAAGCGGCAGUCGGCGGGAGUGUCAGCAACCGGAAUGACAAAUCUGAGAUCCCAAACUACGCAGCUGCGGGAAAAAGCAGUUCAGCGAGGGAUUUAAUAGAGGCAUUCUGCCCAGGCAGCAGUCAGCACCAGCGCACCAGGUGUAAUAGUUCGUUCCACAUUGGCGGCCAAAAGCACAAGAAGAGGCUUUCUGCGGGUGGACUCCACCAGCUCCAGCUGGUUUCCUUCGCUGUCGCUGCUGCUACUGCUCCUUAG